AGAAAAUAAAAAAAAAAAAAGAAUGCGUCUUAUUGGUUUUUUUACAUUAUCUGCUUUAGCUCAAAUCACAUUGGCAGCUCAUUUCAAAGUGAUUGCUCCUGGUGGUAAAACUGUACAAGUUUCUGUAAAUGGAAAGAAUACACCUUUGACAGCACCUGAUGCCGAUGUACCCUAUUUCAUUGGUGAUGCUGAUGCUGGUUCAAAUUCAAGAUAUAAGUAUAUUGUUGAUGGUCAACCUGAAUCAUUUGAUCGAACAUUGACUAGCGCUUCUACUCUCAACGAUAUCUAUGAACGUCCUGUUACUUAUGCAAACAUUCCUGAAUUACCCACUAUUAUUGGUCAAAAAGAUUGGACACGUGCUAUUGAACCUGGACCCAUUUGGGAUGUCAACUAUAUUCCAUCCGUCUUUGUCAAUGCAAAUCCUUCCGAUGUGAAAAGUUUGAUCAAAGGUCUAAGUGAUAAGAUCUAUAAAGCCAAAAUUACCAUCAUUGAUGCUAAUGAAGUUCAUACCUUUGAAGGUGCCGACUUCCAACUUCACAAACCAGGCAAAAAACACAAUAAUGCAAAGCAAUCAUGGAAAUGGAAAUUACCACAAGAGCUUAAUGGACGUAACUUUUUCAAGAUUCGACAUAUGGAAGAAGAUCCUACACAAAUUCGGGAAAAAUUAUACGCUGAUGUACUUCGUGCUAUGGGUACAUAUGCUCCUCAAGCCAAUAUGAUUAGAUUCUUCAUCAAUGGUCAAAGUAUGGGUACAUUUAACAUGUUAGAUGAUAUUCCAAAUUACUCUUAUAUUCAAGCGGUCCUGUUUGGCGGUAAACUUCCUGAACAAGAAGGUCCUCUCUUUGACGGUGCAUCUGGUGCUAGUUUUAUGGAUGAUGAAGAAAACUUGGAUGCAUUUAUUCCUGCUCCAGGUUCAACAAUGAACAAGGAUAUGAUUGAACAUGUGACGGAAGAUUUGGAAGGUCUUAAUGUGCAAGAUGAUGCUGCGGUGGCCAAUUUUGCAAAAUUGUUUGAUGUGGAUCAAUUCUUACGCUUCAUGGUUAUGGAAUACUUGGCUUGUCACUGGGAUGGCUACUGGCAAGAACAAACAAACAUUGGUGUUUAUGAAGAUGUCUCGAACAAUAUGCUUUAUUUCCUUGGACAAGACUUUGAUGCUACUUUUGGUGUUAAUAUCCCAUAUGACAAAUCAUUCGUCAAGGUACCUUACACAGAUUAUCCUAGCAAGUUCCCCAAGGCUGUGAUGAUCAACAAAUUAUUGGAAAAUGCCAAAAUCAAGGCUACUUUUGAAUCAUAUAUGAAAGCGACUGUCACCAAGGUCUUCAACAAUGAUACAUUGACUAAUCGUGUUUUGAAAUAUCAUGAAUUUAUUUUGCCUGAUUUGAAAUGGGAUCGUAGUAUUGAACAGGAAUCAAAAGGGAUCAACUUUGGAUGGACUUUUGACCAAGUGACUGAAAACCUCUGGCAUGGUGUGCAAGCGCCUAAUCAUAAUGGUGGUGGUGCUGAUUGGGGUCUGAUCGAAUAUAUCGCUACCAAAUCAAUCUCUGUCGCCCAACAACUUGGUGUGGCCUUGAAUUGAUUCUUCUUUGUUUUGGAUUCCUUCCCUGAUUCC